UGACAAUUAUUGAUUUGACAAGUCAAUGAUACGUGUAUCGUAUAUUUUCUUGUAAAAGUGUAUUCUUCGGUACCCCAUAAUUUCUUAAUUACUCGAAAUAAAAAAUCAAAAAUGAGUUCCUUUAAGAGAGAUAAAAAAGAGGAAGAAGACAGUGGUGGUAAUCCUUACCAAAACCUUGACAAGACUAUAGUAUUGCAAGAAGCUAGAUAUUUUAAUGAAACUCCGGUUAAUCCAAGAAAAUGUAUUUACAUCUUGUCGAAAAUUCUGUAUUUACUCAAUCAAGGAGAAAAGUUCACUACGAAGGAGGCGACAGAUGUGUUUUUUGCAACAACCAAACUGUUCCAAUCCAAAAAUGUGAUGUUGAGGCGUAUGGUUUAUCUUUGCAUAAAAGAGUUGAGCACUAUGGCCCAAGAUAUUAUCAUAGUAACAUCGUCAUUGACUAAGGAUAUGACAGGUAAAGAGGAUUUGUAUAGACCCGCCGCUAUAAGAGCAUUGUGUAGUAUCACCGAUAGCACAAUGCUACAAGCUAUAGAAAGAUACAUGAAGCAAGCUAUUGUUGAUAAGAACCCAGCUGUGAGCUCCGCAGCUUUAGUCUCCGCUCUUCAUCUUUCAUCAAGUGCUCCGGAUCUGGUUCGGCGAUGGAUUAAUGAGGCACAGGAAGCAAUGAACUCUGACGAUCCCAUGGUUUGCUAUCAUGCAUUGGGGCUGGUCGCUGGAUUAAAGAAAAAUGACAAAUUGUCUACUGUAAAACUGAUUACUCGCUACUUCGGAACUUCCGUGAAGUCUCCUUAUAUGCUGUGCCUCCUUAUACGUUUUGCUGCCCAAAUGGUAGAAACUGAUGACUCUGAUAAUUCCAAACGUUUUAUUGAUUUUAUAGAGUACUGUCUCAGGCACAAAUCUGAAAUGGUUAUUUAUGAAGCAGCCCAUGCUAUUGUCAAUCUAAAGAAGCCUGUGCGUGAUCUAGCACCAGCUGUAUCCGUGUUACAGUUGUUCUGUGGCUCCUCGAAAGCCUCUUUGCGACUUGCGGGGGCACGAACAUUAGCUUGCCUGACCGCCAAACGACCUACAGCCGUUGCAGCUUGUACAGUUGAUCUAGAAAACCUGAUAUCUGAUCCUAACCGCUCCGUUGCUACUUUAGCUGUUACAACAUUGCUCGCUACGGGUGCUGAGAGCUCCAUUGACAGAUUAAUGAAGCAAAUAUCAAGCUUUGUUUCCGAAAUUUCUGACGAAUUCAAAAUCAUCGUGGUGAAAGCUAUUCGACGUCUCUGUACGAAAUUUCCAAGAAAGCAUCAGUCUAUUGUAGCAUUUCUGGCUGGAAUGUUAAGAGAUGAAGGUGGAUUAGACUUUAAAGCGGCUAUAGCCGAUGCCAUAAUAGAAAUAGUAGAAGAGAACCCAGAUGCUAAAGAGACAGGUCUGGCACAUUUGUGUGAAUUUAUAGAGGACUGUGAGCACUCCGCUUUGGCUGUCCGUAUAUUACAUUUGCUGGGACGCGAGGGUCCUAAGUCACGUCAGCCUUCACGAUACAUCCGUUUUAUUUACAACAGAGUUAUUUUGGAAUCAGGUCCGGUGAGAGCGGCAGCGGUAUCUGCAGUCGCGCAGUUCGGUGCCCAGCGGCCCGAAAUGUUGCCUAACAUUAAGGUUCUUUUAACUCGUUGCGAACUGGACGAUGAAGAUGAAGUUAGAGAUCGCGCCAUUUUCUAUAACGCUAUACUCGAUACUGGAGAUCAACAACUUAUCAACGAUUACAUCAUAAAUGUCGUGAAGCUAAAUCCCGUACAGCUUGAACGAGCAUUACGUGAGCAUAUCGCUACCAAACCAGAGGAGACAUUUGAUAUAAUGUCAGUACCUACAGAAGAACUCAAAGAAGAGAAAGAAGAUAUAGUUGAAGUGGAAGUGAAAAAGCCCACGCAAAUGACAACAGAAGAGGUAUAUAACGAAAUGUUGUCGCAGAUUCCUGGUAUCGAGCGCUUUGGACCUAUUUUCAAACGCGCCCAAGUGGUCGAAUUAACCGAACCGGAGACAGAGUACACGGUGCGCUUGUACAAACACAUUUUUGCACGCCACAUCAUAUUGCAGUUUGAAUGUGUGAAUACACUCAAUGAUCAACUACUCGAGCAAGUUCACGUUCGAUUGGAUACACCACCUGAAUAUAAUUUUGUAUCAAUCGUACCCUGUCAGAGAUUGGCUUUCAAUAAAUCCGAUAGUGUAUUCGUGGUUGUCGAAUUUCCGAGCGCAUACUUGGACAGUUUGGGAACAUUCGGUGCGACUUUGGAGUUCGUGGUGAGGGACUGCGAUCCCAACACCGGCAUUCCCGACCCCGGCGAAGGAUACGCCGAUUCGUAUCCUUUGGAGGAAUUCGAUAUCAAUUGUGCUGAUCAAAUUAAAACACGCACUGCCGCUGAAGAUUUCGAAGAGACUUGGGAAUGCGCGGCGAAUUCUCCGGAAGCCAGUGACACUUUCGCUCUUCCGUACAAUGAUAUUGAAGAGGCUGGUAAAGCGGUUUGCAGACACUUGGCUCUGCCAAACGAAGCUGUGAGCGGAGACGCUAUUAAGGAGAUCAAGGGUUGCGGUAUAUUCCGCGGCGGAGCUCCCGUGCUGAUGAAGGCGAAGUUAGUCUCUAUAAAUGUGGGUGUUACUAUGAAACUAGCUGUUAGGUCCCCUCGGGAAGACAUUGCCCAGCUUUUGUUGUCUGCCAUUGGCUAAAAUUAGUAGUAUUCACUAAAUUUAAAAUAUUAAUGUAUUUCAUAUAGUUCUUAGACAAGCAGAAGUUAUGAGAUAAUUUUCAGAUCUUGUUUUUCUUUAAAUAAUGUACUGUUUCAUGAAAGUUAUGAAAAUUCUUUGUUUUAUUUCUCUUAAAAUAUUUAAUUAAUGUAAUAUUUUAUAUUUGGAUAAUUACUUACAAUUAUUUUAAUAUUAUAAAUCUGUAUUGAUAGCAUUCCCAUCAAACAUUGUAUUCUUAUUCUUAUCGUAUUUACGCUAUUAGCUUUUCAAUUUAUCAUUUUCUCUCUGACUCUGACAAUUGUCAAAGUCUAUUAUUUUGUGGCGAAGUUAAAACGUAGUUGUUAAGCCUUAUUUAAGUUUUGAAUAACAUUUUUCUAGGUGUUUAUUCAAUAUUAGCUGCACCUAUGUAUGUCUUAAGACGAAAAAUAUUCACUUACAUUUACUCUAUGAAUGGUGAAAUAAAAGAUUAUGUAUCAA